ACCUCCAUCUCAAAAUGUGCAUCCUGUUUCUCUACGUCGCCAAAGAAGGAGGCACGCUAGCAAACUCAUCAUUUCCAAGAUUAAAACUGGUCAUUGCAUCGAAUCGUGACGAAUCUUAUUUGAGACCAACCAAGACAGCAAACUUUUGGGAUUCUGACCCAACUAUUCUUGCUGGACAAGAUUGUCUUGAGGGAGGAACAUGGCUGGGAAUAACAAAAACUGGGAAGUUGGCAAUUUUGCUCAAUAUUAUGAGCAAACCACCAGCUAUCAAACUCAAAUCUAGAGGAGAACUUGUUACCGGAUUCUUGAGAUCUUCCCCAGCUUUACGAGGGUGGACGUAUUGCAACAAUUUAUACCAAGCCGACAUUCGAAAACAAUUUGGAUUGUUUAAUUUGGUCACAAUAGACUUACAAAAGUCGGAAAGCGGUCAACAGCAAGAAAGGUACGCGAGGCAAACCUUGCCCGAGUCCUCCUCGUCCAGCUUGAAAGCCUCAUUUGACGUAACCUAUUUUACGAAUGGAUCAGAAAGUGGACCAAGAACCCUGAGCAAUGAAGGUGAAAGUCAGUUCUAUGCCUUUGGCAAUAGCGUUUACGACUCUCCUUUCUGCAAAGUUACGGAUGGAUGUCGAGAAUUUGAAGAAAUUAUAAACUCACACAUAAAUUCUGACCCUGCAACGCGAGAAGGAAAUGAGACACUUAAAGGAAACCUCUUAAAAUUUUUGAAAUCUGCCACGAAGCAUUAUCCGGAUGCUCAAAUUGAUAAGCAGGCUCGUGAUGCUGGUAUUAUAAACCCGGUUUCUGAGCUGACUUCCGUAUUUGUUACCACGCCUGAAAAGGCGAACUACGGAACCCGGACCCACACUAUAAUAAUAAUCGACUCAGCGGAUGACGUCAACUAUCACGAAUGGACGAUGGAGGAGCCGAUAAACAUAAAAUCUCCCAAUUGGAUAGAAUCCCAAUAUAAUUUCAAACUGACAAAAUAGACGUUUCAAACAACAUAUUUUAUCAUAAAUAAAACAUAUACUUACCUGAAUAAUGA